AUGCCAGAAUUUGAGUCUGACGCUCUUUUACUCCAUGCAAUAAAUUCACAAGCACAAACGAAAAUUCAACGAGCUGAAAUUUUCUUACAACUCUUAUCUAAUGGCCAUAUUCAUGUUGAUUGGAGUGAUCUACCGAAACAUAGAAAUAGUCGACAAUGCGUUAUACAUUAUAAAAGUUUAAAUACUAACCGAAGUCAUUCUCUAUGUGUAUCACGGAAAAUGAAAGAUGCUGUUAUAGAAAAAGUUCAAGCCGGUCAUUUAUAUGAUAUACAUGUAUGUACUGUUGAUGAGUUAAAUCGAGUUUUGUAUUCGACGGAACAUGCACAAAUACAAACUGUCGCAUCGAAUGAAGCACCCAUGCUUCGUGUGGCGAAAUCAACGCCGGAUUUUAUUGUACUUGAAUGGGAACAAUCGAAAUUAGUUAAAUUACUUGAUAUCGAGAUGUAUAAAUUAAGAAUAAAUGGAGCUGCAAAAGUUCUUCUACCACCAACAGAAAAUAAAUUUAUUAUUAAUGAUGGUCAAUUUGGAAAACGAUAUAUUUUUGAAUUAGAAAUGUAUCGAAAAGACGGCAAGACAAUAUCUUCCAUUCCAGUCAUGAUCAAGUGGCCCGGAGUAACAUUACCUAAACGUGAGGCUUUUAUAAAUGGCAGUAAAGAAUUAAUUAUUAGUUGGAAAAAUCCAACAUCAAUCCACGAUGGAAAUGUCGAAUCUUAUACGGUUUAUAUAUAUGAUUCUGAAAAGAAAUUAUUAAGUGAAAUUGGACCGAAUCCUCCCGAAUGUCGUCAAGUAUGGAUAGAAGAUCUGCCAAAAGGUGUUUAUUUUCAUGUGUUGGAAAUGAAACUUGCCGAUUCAAAAAAAUCUAUUUUAUCUAAACCAAUGAGAAUUGAGUGCGGAAAUGAAUCUACUAGACCCAUAUUAACAUGUAGUUAUACUGAUGCAAAUCAAGAAAAGCAAUUGAUUGAUAUGGCUUAUCUUGUAGCUAAUCUUCGAGAUAAUGCGGAAACAAAACGUCUAUCUGAAAGAUGCGAAAAUCAACUCAUGAAAAUACUUUCAACUUUAACUUAUUUAACAGAUUCCAUUCAUGUCAACUUGAAUAUUGAAUUAAAAUCAAAUGAUAAUAUUCCUAAGAGUUAUCAUUUGAUUGUUGAUGGCAAAGAAAGUUCAGCGUCUAUUCCUGGAACGAUUAGAAAUUUGCCAUUUGAAUUACCUCGACGAGAUAAACCUUACGAAUUAGCUGUUUUACUUACACCGGCUCUCUAUGGAACAAAAUCAAAGACAAUUUUAGUUGAAGCCUCUCAUCAUUUUUCAUUCUUUUGUGCUCAUUUUAGCCAACAACGAUCUACGCGAAGUUGUUCAUACCUGGAAACAUUACCAUAUGAAAAACAACAGCCACGACCUGUUCAUCAAGGCGUUAUGAAACCGUCGAAAAUGAUGACUGAAAUUCAAGUUUAUGAUUUCAAUAAAAAUGAAAUUCUUUCUCUUCCGUCACUAGGUCAAUCUAAUCGAUUCAGUAUAAUUUUAUUUUAUGUUGCUCAGUGUAUUCCAUCGAGAGUUCAUCUUAACUAUUUGUCAAAGUAUGCGUCAACCUAUUCUUCACAAUAUAAUUUUAUAUCAAUUAAUUGUAAUCAAAAUGAUAUUGAUGGGUUGAAAGAGCUCACUGAAAAUUUCACAAAUGUUCAAUGUUAUACUGACUUCUCAUCCGAAGAUUUCGAAUACGAACGGAAAAACAACGAAACACCGGUGCAUGAAAUCCUUUCGAUUGCCGGAGUACCUUUAUAUUUCAUCUUAAAUUUUUCGGGUCACGUUGUCUGGAGAGGACGUUUAUGUACGCCAGAUCAGGAGAAGUAUGAUGCUGCAAUGGAUCAUAUCAUAGCUGAAGUUAGCCAAAUGCCAUGUUCGCCGGAAACUUGUGAUCUUUGUUCAAUCGAUGAUAGUCAUAUAGAGACACAAUUGACAAAUGUGGAUAAAAAUCUUCAAUUCAUUCUACUACAACGAAUGAAACCGUAUGAAAAUAAAAACCGAGAAGUCGAGCCACUAAAUCGAAUACGACGAACUGUCUCAAUGAACCAACAAUCAAUUAGAAUCAAUGAUAACUAA